AUGGCUGCCAACGGCGACUUCUCUGACGACGAGUCCCAGCCCGGUUCUCCCAUUCUCGAAGCGAACGGUCACGAUGACAUCGAAGAGCAAGAACCCCUCGACCAGCCUCUGAAGUCUGCAAUGAAGAAGGAGGUCCCUCCUCCCCAGCCCAAGCGGCCAGAGCUGCCCGAGCAGCCGGACCCGGAGACGCUGGACCUGUCCACGCUGACCCCCCUGACCCCGGAAAUCAUCGCGCGCCAGGCCACAAUCAACAUUGGCACUAUCGGUCAUGUCGCUCACGGAAAGUCGACGGUUGUUAAAGCUAUCUCCGAGGUCCAGACGGUCCGGUUCAAGAACGAGUUGGAGCGGAACAUCACGAUCAAGCUGGGUUAUGCCAACGCCAAGAUCUACAAGUGCGACAACCCCGAGUGCCCUCGGCCGACAUGCUUCAAGAGUUUCAAGAGUGAGAAGGAGGUCGACCCGCCUUGUGAGAGGGAUGGUUGUGCCGGUCGGUACAGGCUGUUGAGACAUGUCUCGUUCGUUGACUGCCCCGGUCACGAUAUUCUCAUGAGUACCAUGCUGUCAGGUGCCGCCGUCAUGGACGCUGCCCUCCUCCUUAUUGCCGGAAACGAAAACUGCCCUCAGCCUCAAACGUCCGAGCACUUGGCAGCCAUUGAAAUCAUGAAGCUCAGCCACAUCAUUAUCCUGCAAAAUAAGGUGGAUUUGAUGAGAGAGGAUGGUGCUUUGCAACAUUACCAGUCGAUUUUGAAGUUCAUCCGUGGUACGGUCGCCGAUGGCUCUCCCAUUAUCCCCAUCUCCGCCCAGCUCAAGUACAACAUCGACGCUGUCAAUGAAUACCUGGUAUCGCAUAUUCCGGUUCCCGUCCGUGAUUUCACCGCUUCUCCUCACAUGAUGGUCAUUCGGUCCUUCGAUGUGAACAAGCCCGGUGCCGAAAUUGAGGAGCUGAAGGGUGGUGUUGCCGGUGGUUCCAUCCUGACUGGUGUGCUAAAGUUGGACGAUGAAAUCGAGAUUCGCCCCGGUCUCGUCACCAAGGACGAGAACGGCAAGAUUCAGUGCCGUCCCAUCUUCUCCCGGGUCAUGUCGCUCUUUGCCGAGCACAACGACCUGAAAUUUGCCGUCCCCGGUGGUUUGAUCGGUGUUGGUACUCGUGUGGACCCUACUCUCUGCCGUGCCGAUCGUCUCGUCGGUUUCGUCUUGGGUCACCGUGGACGUCUUCCUGCUAUCUACACCGAACUUGAAGUCAACUACUUCUUGCUUCGUCGUCUGCUCGGUGUCAAGACUGCUGAUGGCAAGCAGGCCAAGGUUGCCAAGCUUACCAAGAACGAAGUUCUCAUGGUUAACAUCGGUUCCACGGCUACUGGUGCUAAGGUUGUGGGUGUGAAGGCUGAUGCCGCCAAGCUCAGCUUGACCAGCCCAGCUUGUACCGAAAUCGGCGAGAAGAUCGCCAUCAGUCGGAGAAUCGAGAAGCACUGGCGUCUCAUCGGUUGGGCCAACAUUGUUGCGGGUAACACCCUUGAGCCUAUUCUGAACUAG